UUGGUGCGCACACACUCAUCAAAGCGACUCGCGUGGCAUUUCCCACGCACUUUGCUUUUUCUGCGCUUUCUGCAACUACUACCAGAGUUGAAAUGACUUCUCUCAAGCUCGUGUUGUUUGUAUGUUGUUGUUUUAUAAGCCUGUCAUCGGUCUUCAGCCUUACGUGUAACGCGAUUUGGCGUAAAGGCGACGAAACAGUUCGACCCUUUCAUACUGUGAGAUGCCCUAGUUCUCCUGGUUCUCCUAGACGUUUCAUGUGCAUGAAAAUGAUUGUGAAAUACUCCUCUGACCCGACUCCAACUUUAUUUUACAACUGUGAUAUCACCAACGAUAUCGAUCUUUGCAACCAUGAGCGCCGGAUAAGGAGCGAUACAACGAGCUGUCGAGUGUCAUGGUGCCGUACAGACCUCUGUAAUGAACUACCAGCAGAACUUGAUAAAGGAAGUGGUUUUUCAGCUAAUAACGGGACGUAUGCCAAACCACCAUCACCCAGCGAGAUUAAGAAAAUGAUGCAAAUCAAUGAAAUGCUUGCACAAGUGGUUGUCCGUGCUGAGAAAAGUCCAGCAAAAGAGCAGAGUAAACGCCAUCGAAAAAAUAACURAUUAUAUUUUUCGUGUCUAUAGAACGAAAUAAAAGUUUCAAUCAGAACUG